UCCUGAGGCAUAGCAUCCCUUACUUCUCCCAUAGAAGCUUCACUAUCUGAUCUGAUAUUUGUAGCAUAAUGAGUGCUCUCCCCACAACACAAGAGAAAACAAUCCUAGAUGCCACCAACUACAAGGGUGCUCCGGCAGAGCGGUCCAAGACCGGUGGCUGGUCUGCCUCCGCCAUGAUUCUAGGAGGAGAAGUGAUGGAGAGGAUGACGACACUGGGUAUUGCGGUGAAUUUGGUGACGUACUUGACCGGUACCAUGCACUUGGGCAAUGCUGAGUCUGCCAACGUUGUCACUAACUUCUUGGGCACCUCAUUCAUGCUUUGUUUGCUCGGUGGCUUUCUAGCUGACACCUUUCUCGGAAGAUACCGCACCAUUGCCAUCUUCGCUGCUGUUCAAGCAACGGGGGUGGCGAUUUUGGCUAUGUCGACGAAAAUACCAAGCUUACACCCUCCAAAAUGCACAGGAGAUAGUGGGGGACCUUGCGAAAGAGCCACCAGCAAACAGUUAACGGUGUUAUACUUAGCACUUUACAUGACGGCGCUUGGAACCGGAGGCCUCAAAUCAAGCGUAUCCGGAUUUGGUUCAGACCAGUUCGACGAUACUGACGAGAAAGAGAGAAAGCAAAUGCUUAAAUUCUUCAACUGGUUCUACUUCUUCGUGAGCACAGGGUCUUUGGCCGCCGUGACCGUUCUUGUGUACAUUCAGGACAAUCAGGGAAGGGUUUGGGGUUAUGGAAUAUGCGCCGUCGCCAUUCUGGUGGCUCUCACUGUGUUUCUUUCAGGCACUAAGAAGUACCGUUACAAGAAACCGGUGGGUAGCCCAUUGACUCAGAUUGCGGUUGUGUUUGUGGCUGCUUGGAGGAAGAGGCGCUUGCAACCUCCUUCUGAUUCUUCUUUCUUCUUUCACGAGGAUUACAUCCAAUCCAACAAACAAAGGUUGCCGCACUCCAACCAGUUCCGGUUCUUAGACAAGGCUGCAAUGAAGGAUUCAAGUGGAACAGAGGCGAUGAAGAACAAUAAAUGGUAUCUAACAACUUUAACGGACGUAGAAGAAGUGAAAUUGGUUUUAAGAAUGCUUCCGAUAUGGGCAACGACAAUCAUGUUUUGGUGCAUCCACGCACAAAUGACAACAUUCUCGGUCUCACAAGCGGUUACCAUGGACUGCCACAUAGGAAAAACCUUCAAAAUCCCUCCGGCAUCCAUGACCGUCUUCCUAAUCGGAACCAUCCUCCUAACCGUCCCCUUCUACGACCGCUUCGUGGCUCCGGUGGCCAAGAAACUCCUCAUGAACCCGCACGGGCUCAGCCCCUUGCAGCGCGUGGGCACGGGCUUAGUGUUUUCGGUGUUGUCCAUGGUGGCAGCAGCCGCAAUAGAAAUUAAGCGGUUGAAAGAAGCAAGAUCACAUGGACUGGUGCACACUCCCCAUAGCAAGAUUCCAAUGACUGUGUUCUGGCUAGUUCCGCAGUUCUUCUUGGUGGGUGUGGGAGAAGCGUUCAUGUACAUGGGACAACUUGAUUUCUUCCUGAGAGAGUGUCCGAAAGGGAUGAAAACAAUGAGCACUGGUUUGUUCUUGAGCACGUUGGCGUUAGGAUUCUUCUUUAGUUCCUUGUUGGUCUCCAUAGUGAAUAAAUUGACGGCGCAUGGAAAACCAUGGCUUGCCGAUAACCUCAACCAAGGGAAGCUUUAUGAUUUUUAUUGGCUUUUGGCUUUGUUGAGUGCUAUCAAUGUCGUCAUUUACUUUGUUGCUGCUAAGUGGUAUGUUUACAAAGAGAAAAGAUUUGCUGAGGUUGGUAUCGAAUUGGAAGAACAAGAAAACGUUGGUAACUUCCAUUAAUUAAUAGGAAUUAAUAUAUAUCAUCACAACGGAA